AUGGGCUGUGCCUCCGCCAAGCAUGUUUCUACUGUUCAAAACGAAGAGGAAACUCAGAAGGGGAAAAACUACCAGAACGGAGAUGUGUUUGGUGAUGAGUAUAGGAUCAAACCAGUGGAAGAGGUCAAAUACAUGAAAAAUGGGGGAGAAGAUGAUCAGAAAAUAGCAGCCAGGAACCAAGAAAACUUGGAAAAAAGUGCCAGUUCAAACGCAAGACUUAAAUCUAAUAAAGAAGUCCCAGGAUUAGUACAUCAACCCAGAGCAAACAUGCACAUCUCCGAAAGCCAACAAGAAUUCUUCAGAAUGCUUGAUGAAAAAAUUGAAAAGGGCCGCGAUUAUUGUUCAGAAGAGGAGGACGUCACAUAGUGCCAACCCUGCCCCCGCACCAGGAGUCCUUCUGUGUAAAUAGACGACAACCCCGUCGGGACCUUUUGGAAGUCUUCUAGAGCGAGCAGCACUACAUACCAGAAGAAGAUCAUUUCCACAUUAUAUGCUCCAUUCAGUUACCGUGUUUCUUAAUGAACAGAUGAGGAAUAUUGCUCAGAACUCGUCAGGAACUGUUUUCGUUGCUGCUAGUUAAAACUCGUUGCAACUUCUCACUUCUUUCUGUGUCCAGAUACGCAGCAAAUCCUUAAAGUUAAUCCGAAAGACGUUAUUGAUUUUAUUGAGGCUUCUGGCCCGUUCUCUAUCCGACGAGGUAGUGUUAUACCAAGCUUCCAUAAGUGAACGUUCGAGCCUCUGAGAAACACCCCUAAGCUGUCUGUCCGUCCGCGCUCGGGCCGGAGUGCUUGUUAAUGCUGGUGAUUUCGAGCUUUGGAGGUGGGAUGUUUUUGCCAUGGCAGGCCUUGUUUCUCUGCUGAGGAGAAGCUGAGAAGCUGUUACUCAUUACAAGCAUGCUAUCACUGAACCCCUGGAAGUGAUGCAGGAGCAGGAAUUUGUAUUUUGAGAGGAGAAAGCGUUUCAUUUAAUAGGUAUCUUAAUCAAGGACUAAGCUUGCGGUAUUGGCUUUGCUGAGCACGAAUGAGUGUGAUCACAAUCAUUUUGAAUCUCUUUUUUUCUAAGAAAAUAAACAUUUUACUGUUUUUAUGUA